UCAACCUCAUUAGCCUCCGGUCCAGGAGCAAAUCGCUUCGUGACCCUGUGCUGCUUAAUUGAUUAUUAGUGCAAGUUUAUUGGUGUUGACUGUCGCAAUGGAGGAAGACUGUGAUGUGGCUGAAGAUUUUGACUGUUCGCGCCUUCUGUGUGAGGAACUGGAGGAUUUGGAAACAAAGAUUUACCAAGGGAGGAAGAGGAGGCAGAGGGAAGGAGAGGAGGACGACGUGUUUAAUCGGAGCGAGGAUGAAGAGGCCGGAGAGGAGGCAGACCGAGAAGAGGGGGAUGAGGAGAAAGAAAAGAAAGUUGUUGUGUCAGAAACGCAACUGAUGGCGACAGAGGGAGAAGAGGAGGAUCAGGUGAAGCCAGAGAGUAGGCGUAGAGCGGAGGAGGCACAGGAGGUGCAGAUGGAAGACAACAAGAUUGAGAACAUCAAAGAAACAAUCGCUGAUAAGCCAGAGGACAAAGAAACUAAAAGUCUAGAGGAGAGAGACGAGAAGAAAAAGAGUAGGAAGAGGCGAGGUAAGAAGCAAAGUGAGCGAGUGAGAAACAGGAAAAGUUUAAAAGAGGUUAGUGAGCGGUUUGAGGAGGAGAAGGAGAGUCAAAUGGAGGAGGUGUCAGCGACGAACUCGGAGGAGAGCUUGUCUCUGUCGGAGCCUCCCAUUGGACUGAUGAACAGCUGUGACCUGUCUGAUCCGGUCUUCCUGGGUUGUGGGGGGGCAGGGCUGUUUUGCCCUCCGGCCCCUCUUCCCCUGCUGUACUCCUCACUGCCUCCAGUCUCCAUCCAACCUGCACCUCCUCAGCCUCACGGGACAAAAAGGCCCCACAGCCCUCUUCUACCUCACAGUCUCCACCAGCAGGGCCCACAGCCGCUCGAGAUGGAGAUAACCCAGGUCUACUCCACCCGACGCUCCAUCCGCUACAGCAGCAGGGGUCAAGGCCGCGCUCUGAGCUUCCCUCUGCUGCCAGGACAAGAAACUGUGGACAGCUGCAUGCUUCCCCCUGCACCGAAGAAGAAAACCCGAACGCUCUACAGUACUGAUCAGUUAGACCAUUUAGAGGCCUUGUUCCAGGAGGACCACUAUCCUGACGCAGAGAAGAGGAAAGUCAUCGCUGCUUCAGUUGGUGUCACACCUCAAAGGAUUAUGGUCUGGUUUCAGAACCGCCGGGCUAAGUGGAGGAAGGUGGAGCGCUCCAUCACAGCAAGGGUUGAACACAGACCGAGUAGAGCUGGAUGCAGCAGCAGCAGCAACAGCAGCAGCCCCCCCCAUCAGCAGAUCAAUCCCACACUGGCACCCAACAGUAAUGGAGCUCCUUGUUUUUCCAAUCACUUUGCCACUAAGCUGCCCCAGCUCGCCGCUGCAGCACCCUUUUUCCCCAACCUGUCCAACCAGACUCUGCCCUCCUACAGCAACCUGCUGGCCAGCCUCAACAGCCCAGGUCAAUCCAGAGUGAGAGAUGUGGGCCAGCACCAGCUUUCAUCUCAGGGGGGGUUGGCAGAGUACCACCCCCGCUCCAUCCACAGCCCUCCCCCCUUGCGUCGAGCCAGUCUCCCCCUUUUCACAACGGCUUACAACCCUGCCAACCCUACUCCGCCUCUCCUCAACAGCCUGGCUCACACCCCACCUCUGUUCCUGGAUGCCCUGGAGGGAGGCUCGGCCUUGGCACACCGAGACACCCAGUCUCUGCAGAAUGACACCAGUUCUCUCUUUGACUUUGGGGAGAAGCUGGACUACCUGACCUCAGGCCAGCAGAACAACCCUCUCUCCUACCAGCUGCAGACCUCCUACUCCUCCAGCCAGCCCCAGCACCAACCUCAAGCAUCUCUUCCCCGCCUGGCCUACCUCACCCCCUCCCCCUACCUCACCCCCAACCCUCCAGAUUCUAACCCUACCUCCUACCUGACCUUUGCCCCCGGAGGAAACUCGAAUGGGAUGGUGACCUACUCCACCGGAGGCCACGCUUACUUCCAGUCCCAGAGCACCGGGCAAAUCCUGCUGCAGUCGGCCGGUCAUCACGGUGGGAUCACAGCGUACCAGUCGUACCCGUGGAGUAGCAUGUACAGUCAACCAGCCAUCCACCAGCGUGCUCAGUGCCCUCCAACCUACCCCGGCAGCUUGGAAGGUGCUCGAGAUCACCAGCCGCCCUCCUCCACCACCCUGCGCCCCCCUUCAUUCUUCACCCGGGGGGACCACGGGUCCUCGCAUGCAAACUCCCAGUGCUCAUCACACACCCACACACACACCUCCACCAGCAGCACAGCCGUCCUCCCUCCUGUGUCUACCCUGCGGCCCUCUCGCCUCAGAGCGGAGUUCACUCCAACCAAGGCUACAUCCCUGCUGUCUUCUCAGGUCAGCCCUGCCUCUCCAGACAGCUCUCCGGUGCCCCCUUGUGUCAAAAUUGAGUAUGACAGCCCUCGAGAGAUUCACAGCCACUUCCACUGCGAAUUCUCCCCCAUACAUUUUUGACUGACUGUUUGUUUGUGUGAGAGAGAGUGUGAUUUAAGUAUCGGUGUUAAUGUAAAUAGUGAGUAUUUCUGUAUUUGUAUUACUAUUAGGAUGUUCUCAGUAGAAACAUUGGUCUGCAUUAAGCUU